UGAUGAUGAACCCAAAAUAUCAAUAAUCAUAUAAUCAUUAUUAUUCGAAAUAACGUCCGUUACUGAUCGAUUUGAUGAUGGCAUCAAAAAUUUUAAAUCCAACAAUCUAUGAAAUUCCUGAACGCAAUAAAAGCCCAAUAUUGGAUGUUUUGAAGGUAAUUUUUCGACAACAAUUCGGUGAUGUACCGUUUGAUAAUGAUGUGAAGGUUAAAUCAUUGAAAUUUCUCGAAAUUGGUAGUUGUUCCGGACAACAUUUAGCACAUUUUGCCCGUAAUUUUUCCGGUAUCGAAUUUCAACCAUCGGAUGUUGGUACAAGUUACUUUGAUUCGAUAAAUGCAUUUCGUCUUGGCUUAGGUGUUGAACCGCCCGAAAAACCAUUAGGAAAUGUUUAUGAACCAAUCGUAUUGGAUCUAACAUGGCCAACAUCUAAAUGGCCAAUUGCAGCCAAUUCUUAUGAUAUUAUCUAUUGCAGUAAUGUCGUCCAUAUAAGUCCAUGGCCAUGUUCGAUUGGUUUGUUUGCCGGUGCUAAACAUUGUCUAAAACAUUCAAAUGGAAUUCUUGUAAUGUAUGGACCAUUUGCAAUGGAUGGCUCAUUAGAACCACAAAGCAAUCGUGAUUUUGAUCAAUCAUUACGUCAACGUAAUCCAGAAUGGGGUAUUCGUGAUAUUUCCGAUCUGAAAAAAUUGGCACAACAAAAUGGACUGAUUUUGGAUCAAACAUAUGAUAUGCCAGCUAAUAAUAAGAUUUUAUUGUUUAAAUUUUUUAAAUCUGAUAUUUAGAUUCAUUUAAAAAUUAUGAAUUUUAUUUCUA